CGAGAAUCAAUAUGAAGAAAGUAUAAAGUAGAAAGCACUCCUACCUGAUUAUAGAAUUGCCGGGAGAUAGCACUCACGAACUACAUGACUCUCUAAACCGUUGGCAAUUUUUAGAAUGAGAAGAGCAUGAAGCCAUAUUCUAAUAUCACUUUCUCUCUUUCAAUUUAGUCCACACUGUUUGAUCUCUAUUCUACAUAACUUGGCAGAAGUAUCACAUUCUUGGCCUCGAUUCCUUCUGGCAACAAUGGGCACCACUUCGUUUCAUGUUGCAGUGUAUCCAUGGUUUGCCUUAGGCCAUCUUACAUCAUACCUUCACAUAUCCAACAAACUUGCUGAGAGAGGCAACAGGAUUUCAUUUCUAAUGCCUAGAAAUACCAUACCCAAAUUGGAACAUUUCAAUCUCUACCCAGAUCUCAUCUCCUUCAUUCCGAUAACCAUACCAGAUGUCGAUGGCCUCCCUCCUGGGUCUGAAACAACUGCAGACCUUCCUUUCUCAUUGUAUUCCCUUCUCAUGGCAGCAAUGGACCUCACUGAGCCUGCCAUUGAAAAUUUUCUCAGAGAGCUUAGACCCCAUAUGGUAUUCUUUGAUUUCACAUAUUGGUUACCUGCAUUGGCAUCCCGGUUAGGCAUUAAGGCUGUAAAUUACUGCACAACUAGCCCUGCCGUUGUAGGAUAUGUUAUAAGCCCAGAAAGAAAACUCCAUGAAAAGUCACUAACAGAAACUGAUCUAUUACACCCUCCACCAAGCUUUCCUGCAUCAGCCAUGCGGCUACAACCUUAUGAAGCAAGAGAUGUAGCUGCUAUCACUAUAAAGAGUCAUGGCAAAGGCAUUUCAUUUAUGGAGCGCCAAAUUAUAUCUUUCACCAGCUGUGAUGCUGUCAUUUUCAAAACUUGCAGAGAAAUGGAUGGUCCUUAUUGUGAUUAUCUUGAAAGGCAAAUGAGAAAGCAAGUGUUUCUGGCAGGACCAGUUUUGCCAUACCCAACAAUAUUCAAUUUAGAAGAAAAAUGGGUGACUUGGCUAGGAAGUUUCAAACCGAAAACAGUGAUUUUCUGUGCUUUUGGAAGUGAAUGCAUUUUGAGUAGCUACCUAUUUGAGGAACUGUUAUGGGGUUUUGAACUAACAGGAAUGCCUUUUCUAGCUGCCUUAAGACCCCCGACCGGAGCAGAAACAGUGAAGUCAGCUUUGACUGAAGGAUUUAUUGAGAGAACAAAAGGAAGAGGGGUGGUUUAUGGAGAUUGGGUUCAACAGCAAUUGAUCUUGCGCCACCCAUCCGUGGGUUGCUUCGUAACUCAUUGUGGUUCUGGAUCAUUAACAGAGGCCAUGGUAAAUGAGUGCCAAAUGGUACUGCUCCCCCACGCAGGAGAUCAAUUUAUUAAUGCAAGAAUAAUGAGUGAAGAAUUGAAAGUAGGAGUAGAGGUUAAGAAAAGUGCAGAUGAUGGACUAUUUACUAGGCAAGCUGUGUGCAAGGCUGUGAUAACUGUAAUGGACACUAAUAAUGAAGUGGGACAAGUUGUGAGAAAGAACCAUGGCAAAUGGAGGGAGUUCCUACUCAGCAAGGGGCUCGAAAACUAUUACUUGGAUGAUUUGGUUCAGAAGCUGCAUAGUCUGCUCAAGUCUUGAUUUAGACAUUAUUAAAAAUAUUGAAAGCCACUAGAUGAAUAAAUAGCAUUUACAUAUGAG